AUGAAGAAGCCGACCUUAUCUUUUACUAUUCUAGCCUUGCUUGCUUUGGUUGUGACACCGGCUGUUGGACGCAAGUAUACCAUGUAUCUAAAUUUCACUAUCACCGCGGGGAUUGAGACCUACAACCAAACCAUCAACUUUGUCCUAGCAACCAACGAUGAUCUCGUAUCGCCAGACGUGCAAAUCCGAUAUCCCGAUGUCCACCAACACGCUAUUGAUGCAGGCGCACUGCCAGAAAUUCAAGUUCGGUUUUCAAAAGGGUCAGUCUGGAUGCAGGAAACUCUUAGAGAGAGUCGGGAAGAUGUCGGAUGGGCAAGACUUGCCGUGAUGCAAGACGGAGAGAGCCUGCUUUUUGAUGGAGCAUUCACAAUAAUGGGUUCACAGUAUGCCAUUGAGCUCAAGACCCUCGACGAUGGGUCUACUGAGAUAAUAGCCCACGAACACGAAUCCACAUUCUCGGCAGGCAGAUCGUCACUCCCCUCGCUUUGCGCAACUGCCCCCGAAACACACUUGGAUAAGCGACAGAUUUGGAAUCCUUGGGGGGACAAUAAUCUCACAUCAACCAUCGGCAGUACGUCAGGCUGUCCAAACACGAGAGAGAUUGCGUACAUUGGUAUAAUGACGGAUUGCACCUAUACUGCAAGCUUCAACUCCUCUGACUCUGCCCAUCGAUACAUCCUGAAUAUGGUCAACACUGCAUCUGUAGUCUUCGAAAACAGUUUCAACAUAUCUCUUGCGGUACAGAAUCUGACCAUUAGUGACGCUGACUGCCCGAGCAGUACCUCAGACACGACUGUGUGGAAUGUCCCAUGCUCUCAGGGAGAUCUCAACACGCGACUUCAGACCUUUUCAACGUGGCGAAGCUCAUUAAAUGACAAUAAUGCAUAUUGGACCUUGUUGACUGGGUGUUCGGUUUCUGCUGGGGAGAUUGGGGUAUCAUGGAUUGGAGCACUAUGCAACACGGGCUCUGGCUCUAGCAAUGGUGGAGCCAGUGCCAAUGUUGUCGCACGAACACAGGAUGAGUGGCAGGUCUUUGCGUAA